AUGGAAGCAACGCACAAGAAAGUACAGGUGAGCAUAAGAAUUCGCCCAGAGCCAAAUGGAUGCGGAGCGUGGAAGUCACUUGGAAACACCGUAUGGCAUGUGCGUAACGGUAGAAAAACGCUUUAUGGCGGAUUUAUGAAGGUUCUUGAAAAUAUGACAAACACAGAUGUAUACGAGCUGUGCGUCAAGGAUGAGAUCCGAAAGUUCCUCAACGAUGAGAACUGCACUGUAUUUGCAUAUGGGCAAACAGGCUCUGGGAAAACACAUACAAUGCUUGGUGACGCUGAGCAUGGCAUUAUUAAACUUGCAAUCAAGGACGUGCUCGAUGUUAGGCCAGUAGGCAUUUCGUAUCUUCAGAUAUAUAACGAAAAACUCUUUGAUCUUGCAAGCAACAGUGAAGUUCAUAUGUUCAGCGUUGGCAACAAAAACGUGAUGUCGAACUUGUGUGUACAAAAUGUGCAUGCAUGGGGAGAUGUAGUGCCUUUCAUCGAUAAAUGUGAGAGAAACAGGAGGCUUAGUGCAACAGAGUUUAAUGAAAAGAGCAGUAGGUCUCAUACAGUGCUUCAAGUUACAUACACUAGCAAUGGACAGACACGAACACUCAAUAUGAUUGAUCUUGCAGGGAGUGAGCGUGCAAGCAAAUCUACAGAUAGGAGAAGAGAAGGUGCUUUUAUUAACAAAAGCUUGUUAGCAUUGUGCACUGUUGUUAACAACAUUGGCUGUGGUAGAUACACAGGAUUCAGGGAUUCAAAGCUUACUAGGAUUCUCCAGUCAUCUUUAGAUGGUCGGACAAACCUUGUUGCAAUAUGUGCGCUGUCACCAAGCCAAAGCUGCAUAGAUGAGUCUAUAAGCACUUUGAAGUUUGCAGCAAGGCUUUGUAAUCUUGAGCUGAAGAUUGAAGAAGUAGCGGCACCUAAUGAAUGCAUUGCAGAACCUAUUGCUCCAUCCACCAGCUGUGCCUGUAUGAAAAAAAGUAACACAGACAAUGAGAAAUACCUGGAACAACAUGUUUUGGAAAAUAUAGCACCGGUAAAUGCUGAACCGACAAGUAAUGGUUUACUCAAUUAUGAUACAUCAAACGAAUCUAAAUCUGAUGGGCAUUGUGAUAAUGCAGGAGUUGAUGAAAUAUUCAAGGCGCUUGGGUUUGCGCUUAUUGAGGAUCUACGCCACAAAAUACAUGUAUUGGAGGAGCUCAACAAGAUGGCGGAUGACAGGAUAUGUCUUCUUGAAAAGAUGAUUACAGAUCUACUGGGCAAAGCUCCCUCAAGGAGAAUGAGUGAGAUAUUUGUAUUAGAGAAGCACAGAUUUGAUUUGCAGAAGAAAACACUCAAGAAAUGA